AUGUCCAAAAGAACUCUAGACGCCUUCUUCAAACCACCCCCUAAACGAACAAAACCCGACAACACCUCCACCACCAACGAAGAAAACAACCCAUCCCCACCCCAAUCACCAGACAACCACCCAACCUACCCACACUCAAUUGCCAAAUUACCAACACACCUCGAAAAAGCCCUAUCAGAAGCCAUUGAAACCUCAAAUCGCGAGGGCAAAAUAAUGAACAACCAACCCGAUCUAGACUGCGUCUAUUUCCAACCAUUUCUCCCGCGCCGGACCGCGAAUGAAUUGUUUCGCGUGCUGAGGGCUGAAUUACCCUUCUAUCGGGUUGUGUAUUUUGCGAAGAGAGGUGGUGUUGAUGUUGAGAUUAAGACGCCGAGGUUUACGACUGUUUUUGGGGUUGAUGAGGAGUGUUUUUUUGCUUGUGAUGAUGAUGAUGCUGGUGAUGGAAAUGGCAAUGUCAAUGCCGACGCAACACCUGCUGCAGCAGACAUCAAUUCGAAUUCACAAUAUAGAACCUCUCCCCUAACCCUCCGCAAAUCACCCACCACUACCACCACCAGCAGCACACUGCCCAAAUACACCUACCCACCCCGCCCAAUCCCCUCAAUCCUCCAGUCCCUCAAAAAAGCCGUCGAGUCCGCCACAAAAGAAACCUACAACUUUGUCCUGGUGAAUUACUAUGCCACCGGCGAAGAUAGUAUCGCCUUCCACUCGGACGACGAGCGAUUUCUCGGAUUCCAGCCUUCUAUUGCCUCUUUGUCGCUUGGGGCUGAGAGAGAGUUUUUACUUAAACAUAAACCUGCACCAGCGACAACGACAAUGACUGGCUCUGCGGAUGGUGGUGGUGGUUCUGGUGGUGCUGGUGGUACAACGAUAAAACUCCCCCUCAGCUCAGGAGAUAUGAUUCUCAUGCGCGGAACCACACAGGCGAAUUGGUUACAUAGUAUCCCCAAACGAAAAGGAAGGGGACUGGCUGGUGUUGGGGGGAGAAUUAACAUUACUUUUCGGAGGGCUGUUAUUCCUGCUGGUACGGAUAAUUAUUACCAUUAUAAUGUUGGUUCUGGGGGGGGUUUGGGGGUGGGAUGA